UGGUACAUAGAGCGAUCAGUGAAUGGUAGGGGGGGAGUGUCCCUAUACAUAGGCUAUUGCUCUGCAGCGCUGCUGGAGGUGCGGGCUGCUCUGUCUGUCUACUGUUUAUGUAUUCCAGUAAAAAAAAAGAGGCUCGUUUUGGGAUGUGAAGGUCUAACUAUGCCACCGACGCUGCCGUAAGCCUGCACAACGACAUGUUCUGAUUAAUCGAUCGGCUACCGGCGAUAGGCAGGAAUACAGCCAUGGGUGGGCAGUUAACGCGAAAUGCCCUGUACGACUCGCUCGGGGGACCCUUCCCGUCCACCUCCCACCGCUGUCACCACAAGCCCAAGCACUGCCUGCCCAUCCAGUGUGGCGGGGGUCUGGCCGGGGCCAUGGUCACCAGCCCGCUCCUCUUCCACCCCAGCGCCAAGGGCUCCCAGAUCGUCAUGGACCCCGGCCAGAGGAUGGUGAAGAGGCAGGCCAGCUUCUGCAACGCCAUCACCUUCACCAACCGGCCCGUCUCCAUGUACGAGCAAGUCCGCCUCAAGAUCACCAAGAAGCAGUGCUGCUGGAGCGGAGCCCUGCGCCUGGGCUUCACCUCCAACGACCCGUCGCGGAUCAACCCUGAGAACCUGCCCAAGUACGCCUGCCCCGACCUGGUGUCCCAGAGUGGCUUCUGGGCCAAGGCCCUGCCCGAGGAGUUUGCCAACGAGGGCAGCGUCGUGGCCUUCUGGGUGGACAAGAAGGGCCGCGUGUUCUACCGCCUCAACGACUCCAGCCCCAUGCUGUUCUUCAGCGGCGUGAGGACCGCCCAGCCACUCUGGGCGCUGGUCGACGUGUACGGCCUCACGCGCGGCUUGCAGCUGCUAGACAGUGAGAUCGUCCCCCCAGACUGCCUCCGCCCCCACUCCUUCACCAACGUGCGCUCCGCCUCCCUGGUCCGCGAGCCCGACGAUUCCCGCCUCUCCAUCAGCCUCUGCGACCUCAACCUUCGCCAGGAGGAUGGCGGCGGCGGCGGCGGCGGCAGCGGCCCCGGCGCCCACGGCCGCCACUCCCAUCGCCACACCCUGCACCUGACCUCCGCCUCGUCCUCGUCCUCCUCGUCCAACUCCGCCUCCUGCUCCAUCCCCCAGAACUCCCUGAACUCCCAGCAGUCCUCGCUGCUGCCCGCCUCGCUGGAGAGCGACCUGCACUUCCACCAGCUGCGCGGCGCCCACAUCAAGACGCUGGACAAGCAGACGGUGUCGCGCGGCGAGCACGCCCGCGAGGAGCGCACGCUGGUGUUCACCGACCGCCCGCUGCGCACCGGCGAGACCGUGUUCAUCAAGGUGACCAAGUCCAGCCCGGCGCGCGCCGGCUCGCUCUCCUACGGCGUCACGUCGUGCGACCCCGCCGUGCUGCGACCCAGCGACCUGCCGUACAACCCCGAGGCGCUGGUGGACCGCAAGGAGUUCUGGGCCGUGUGCCGCGUGCCCACGCCGCUGCAGAGCAGCGACAUCCUGGGCUUCCUGGUGACCGCCGAGGGCGAGGUCAUCCUGAGCCACAACGGCACCAACGUGGGCAUGCAGGUGUGCGUGGACAACUCGCGGCCGCUCUGGAUGUUCUUCGGCCUGCACGGCGCCGUCACCCAGCUGAGGAUUCUGGGUUCUACCCAUCUAGGGGAGCCGAGACCACCAUCCAACCCCGGCUCGCCUCCCUCCUCCUCCCCCCACACCCCCAGCGCCUUGGGCAGCGGCCGCUCGGACCCGGUCCUCAACGGGGGCCUUUACUCCGUCGGAGCAGGCUCCAUCCCCGACUCACCGAGCAAGCUCUCCAAGUCACUGAGCUUCCCCGCCGCCCAGGGUGCUUGGCCCGACGAGUGCUCCAUCUGCUACGAGAACGCGGUGGACACGGUCAUCUACGCCUGCGGCCACAUGUGUCUCUGCUACACCUGCGGACUGAAGCUCAAGAAGAUGUCCAACGCCUGCUGUCCCAUCUGCCGGAGACAGAUCAAAGACAUCAUCAAGACCUACCGCAGCACGUAGUGACGGGACACAGGAACACAGCAACGACAACAACCGGUGCAUCGGAACUGAACUGAGACUGAACUGAAAAGACCUUGUUGUGGUGGGAUCUUCUGGAGACCAGGACGGAAGGUUCUCAAGUCAGGGAAACACUUGGUUUGAAGUGGAGCAGGGGUAUGGAUCUGGUGGAGGCCUACUUUUUUGUUUUGGUGUAGGAUUUGGGUGGCUGGUGCGCUGCCUAACUUCUUCUUGGUGCACGUUUUGAAUUGGGACACGUUUUACGAUCGAGGAAGGCUCCUCCUCGUUUAGUCCGCACCCCUGAGCCUUUGCCUUCGUCGGCGAAGAGAGACUAGCCUAAACAUUGAUCCUGAGAGUUUAUUUUGGAGAGCAUGGAUUCAGACGAGAAGACCAUUUAACAAUUUCGCUCUUUGAUUUUGUUGAACUGCAUUUUUGGAAUGUUUUCCGAUAGCCAUCGUCCACAAACACUGAGACUAAUUAGGGACUUCUGGGGCUCUGUGAUUGAGCUGAAAUAUGUAAGUGUGUCGAGAUUGGACGGAUGGUUUAGAAAUGUGCGAUUAAACUAAUGCCUGGCUCGCUGGCAGGAAAGCAAAUCCAAACGUUGGGGAGCGUGUCAGUCGUCACAACUUGUGUCUGUGCGCCACUGAUCUCAGAAGAAGGGGUUUAGAGAAGGCAGCGGGAGGGAAAGAUCAACCGAUGGAUGUUCUGUCGUUUGUCGUUAUAGCGUCGGAGCUUUGUAAGUAGGAAACGUAUUUAAAAGGUACAGAGACUAUAAUAAGAGAAGUAGGUUAAGUAGGAUUGUUAUUUAUAUCAUUUCAAGUUAAUGUACCUUUAAUGGUAGUUACUAUAGCAGGUAUUUGGUGGUAGCUGUCGUUUAGCUUUAGCUAUAGCUGCUUGCUCUGCAAUGUGGUAUGUUGCACUGAAUUCUCACUUCGUCCUCAUAGAAAUGCCCUAUUUUUUAAACAGAGGACAGAUAUUGAUUUGCUAGGCCCCAACCAGGAUUUCUAAAUCUCACAAGCCUGUGCAUCCCUCAAUAUGUGUGGAGCUGGAGACAGGACCCAGCAGUAAUUGACCAGUUCUCAGGGUGAAUCUUUAGGAUUUGUGGUAUUUUCCCAGUUUUCUACCUUAAUCCUUGGCUAAAUGCACUGUGAGCUUUCAAAAUACUUUUUUUUUUAAACAUUGUUAGAAAUAGACCACGUACAAUAGGAAUUUCUGCGCCAUUUGAAUUUGCCUGAAAGGCCAGUUUCUAACAACGCAGGUGUCACAUACUGUCUAAUAUCUACUCAGAGAGAAGGGAAAAAGCACACAAAUUGUAAAAAGAAUAUUUUUGUAAAAGUUCCAAAGUUUAACAGCUAAAUUUCCGUUAAGUUACCUUUGUGACUGAUAUACACGCCUUUUACCAGCAGAAAUUAUCCUUCACUUUAAUAUAUUCAUGGGCCUGAACUGCUAUCGGCCUAAUCAGAAAGCUUAUAUAUUUUCUCCUUUCAGCACAAUAUGAUGCCUCUGCUUGCUAUUCAUACUCACAGUUUGACGCGUAAAACCAACAGGAUGGAGUGGCCCUUUCUUAAAACCCAACAUGUUGCAUAUUGAUUUUGGUAUUUAGCUUUUGUAGUCGGUAUGGUCUUUCGAUUAGUGAAGUUAUGGUAUGGCAAAGUAAGCCAGAUAUAGCUUAUAGCUUGUAGCUAUCCCAUGAAGCUAGAAGGUUGAUUUUGAGAAACAACAACAUAAGUAGUGAUGAAGAAAUUGAUAAUCAGAAGUGGGGCUGAAAUUGAUGCUACUAGUAGUAUUUGUCAGCGUUAUUUGGCAAAUGCUGAUAUUGAUGUACCAGUAUAUCUUCCCGGGCCCGUAGAGUUUGGUUACGCUGUCGCUUGAAGUGUUACUUCACCUUUGAAUGUUAUAUGAUGUAUCUAGAGAGGUUAUUUACUUAUUGGUGUGGUUCAAUUAAAAAUCAAAAACAAAAAAAAAAGUUAUUUUAUAAGAAUUGUGUUUUUGUUUCUCCUUUGUAUCCAAAAGUAUAAUAACCUAAUAUAUUUGUUUUCUAAUCAACAACCUAAGAUUAAAUAUAAAUAUUAUCUUGUACCUCAGAGCAAUAAGAUAUAUUGCAGUAAACAAUCACAAAUACAUUGCGGGGACAAGAUAAGAACUAGUGAUUCAUUACACCACCCUUUGUACAAAUACAUUAUAUGAAUUUUUUUUUUACAGAAUAUACUACACAUAACAAAAUAAAUGAUGACAAUAUGUUGAUUAUUAAUGUCACUUUAUAAAGCUCCUGAUUGUAAUUUUGAAAUACGAGACCAUAGUUGCUCUCUGGGAUUUCACCAUGGCAUAUUGGUUUUAUUUUAUUCAGGUUUUUUGGUGUUAUUUUUCGGUUUAUAAUGUGGGUUUUUAUUGGAGGGCGCGGGAGAGGAAACCGACCAAAUCAUAAUCAAUUUGUUUUCACAUCUAUUGUAAUACUACUGUGUACUACUUGUUAUUCCCUUAGUAUAAACACAAACAAACUAUUGUAUAUUGGCCUUUACAUAUUCCUUGUAUAUGUUCCACAAACAUUGAUAAUGGACCAUUCAUUGUCCAUGCCAAAAUAUGUUGGCAGCACAGUUAAUCUGCAAGCUAAAUGUCAGAUUAUCAUCGCAUAAUUUGGUUUUAAAAUUUGUAUUUAUUUAUUUAUUUAUUGAUUAUUUUAUAAAAACUAAGGUUGUAGUCUAUAUCAGUAAGUAUAUCAAAAACAAAAUGACUGCACUGCUUGAAUAGGAAGUCAGGAAAGUUAGUUUCGGAGAUUAGACAAAUCCAACAGCUCAGUACAGCAGCUGACAGUCUUUUUUCUGGUUAUGUUACAAACUAAAUAAAUCGACAAUGAAAGUCCAUAUUUCAGCCAAAUGCACAUUCAACCUUUCACACAAGCAGUGAAGUUCCACAAGUCACUACAUGUUGUUUAUUUCUUUCUAUCCAAGUAAUAGCACCCUGAAAAAUAAAAAACAGAAUGUUACUGACACUGUAAUGUACUAUAUACAGUCUUUUUGUUUUGUAAACUGUCGUGUGGAACAAUUCCUCUCAACCGUCUUUUUGUGUGUGUGUUUGCAUUUUUUUUUUUAUCAGUUUCAACCUUUCAUCUAUCCCGACGCAACAAAGCAAUUACGUCUUUUUUUUUUAAUAUAAUUGUAGUUUCCCGUGUUUCCUUUAUACUUCUAGAGUAGUUUUCUCAUUCUAUGUGGGCUAUUUGUUCACCUAAUUUGAACAAGGGGACCAAUGGUAGACGAGCAUUCAGGAUAAUGUAGUGUUUCAGGUAGGCUAGAGCCAGCGGGCGUUUCCGAUGUUUGAAAGCGUUGUGGCGCGUUACGUAUGUUACGUACGUUACGUACGGCUGUGGUUCACGAAUCAGGACUUCAGCGGUCGAAGUCGUUUGAGAACAUGUACUCCUUCUUUCUUUUUCUGUUGAAACAAUUCUAGUUUCCAACUGUUUGUGAGCCUCUUUUCAAUGUGAGUCCGACGAUUGUGCUCAAUAAAACUUCAACAUGCGUCUCUGAUGCAAAACAA